AUGGCUCCCAGCCGAGUUGCCAAGUCUAAGGCUACCAAGAAGGCUGUUGCUAAGCCUGUCACCAAGAGUUCCAAGCUCGCCCCGGAAACGAGCCGUGAGGUACUGGAAGAGAGACUCGAGUUCGUACUUACCUGUAUCAAGGAGACAGGAAUCAAGAUAGACUACGUCGCUGUCGGUCGACACUAUGGUAUCUCCAAUAACGCCGCGUGUCUGCGUUUUCUACGUUGCAAGGACCAUGUCUCUAAACUUGUUAGGGUUAGAGAGGCAGCACAGAAGGCUGAUGAGGCCCAGAAGGGAGAUAACGACUCUGGGACCACAGAGGAUGAAGAGGUCUGA